GACGGGUAUGCGUUCGUGAGCUACGACGGUCUCGGGAACUUGGCUGACAUCAACUCUACUUUGCGCGCGAUGAUGCAGCAGGGGGUGUACUGGUGGGUCGACGCUGACUUCGAUGCAAGACACCUCAAGAGCAAGAGCACGCGCUCACUGUUCAGGGGCGGCGUACCGCUUGAACCACAAGUUAUCACAGGGUCGCUAGUAGAGGUCGACGAAGACAAUAAGAAGCAUGCGUCCUGGCUGAGACAGCUCUUUGACAAACACCUCAUCAGCGCGAACGACAAGUUCCAGCAUAUCACAGUCACGUGGCACGAGCCAUCGCAUUUGUCUUCCCACGAGGUGAUUGCACGGUGGCGGAUAUUGCUUCAUGAUGUCAGCUGGGCUCUGGGGUCGUUUAUUUUUGUGGCUGUGUUUCUCGUCAUCCAGACAAGGAGUCUUAUCCUCGCUAUGAUGGCGAUAUCCAGCAUUUGCAUCAGCUUUACCACGGCAUUCUACUUCUACGCAGUGGUCGCAGGCUUCCCGAGGAUGUAUCUUCGGGCGGAUUUCAUGUCCCUCUUUCUUGUCGUGGGAAUAUCUGCCGACAAUAUGUUGAUCCUGUCUCAGACGUUCGCGCUGGCGCGGGCUCGGACUUCUUUGCGAGACCUCGGUCCAGAGGAACACAUGCGGUGGGCGUACUACAGGGCUGGCAGCGCAACACUCUUCACCACGGCCACCACCUGCACCUCGUUCUUCUCGCUGCUGCUGUCGUCGAUGCCCGUCCUGCGCGGCUUCGGUUUCUACAUGGGCACCGUCGUGGCCUUGAACUAUGUGAACGCCAUGGUCAUCUUCGCGGCCGUGCUCGUCCUCAGAGAUCGGUAUGGCACCUGCGCCUGCUGCCGCUCACCAGUGCACGCGGCAGAGAGUCUCGAGGGCGGCAUGCCCCCGGCUUCUCCUCGAGACUCUGCCGUGCCUUCCCUCGGGGGCGGCGCCGCCCGCUCGCCCCCGAGACGACUGUCCCAGGACCG